AUGGAGUUCCGACCUCCCCUUAUCGCCCCCACCCGACCCUUCCUUCACCUUCCCCCCUCCGCCAUAUCAUCACCAUCAUCAUCGUCCUCCAUCAUACGAUUCAUACCGUCCGACCUUGACCACAUCAAGAUCCUUGGCAUCGGCGGCAGCAGCAUCGUCCAUCUCGUCUCCCACCGCCCCACCAACCAAUUAUACGCCCUCAAGAUCAUCUAUGGCCCCAGUGUGGAAAUCCUCCGUGAGACCCAAAUCCUCUGUGCAACUAACAGUCCCUUCAUCGUCUACUGCCACGGCCACUUUCCACGAGGAUAUGACUUCCAUCUCAUCCUCGAUUACAUGGACCGCGGCCACAUCGGCUUGAUUGCCGGAGUCCUUGAGCCGACCCUCGCUAACAUGGCCUACCAGAUCCUUCAAGGCCUUGCCUACCUUCACGGAAGAAAUAUCAUCCACCGCGACCUCAAGCCAACGAAUAUCCUGAUAAACAGUCAGAAUCAAAUCAAGAUUUGUGAUUUCGGGUCGAGCUGCUUCGUGAUUGGAGGGGUGCCUGUCUGCACUUCACAUGUGGGGACAUUCCAGUACACGUGCCCACAGCGGCUCAAAAGGGAACCCUAUGACGGAUACGCCAGCGAUAUUUGGAGCUUCGGAAUUUCUAUUCUUGAAUGCUAUUUGGGGAGAUUUCCGGUCUCCCGGCGUGAUGCCCUUUGGUAUUGUAUUAUGCAUGGGAAAUUAUCUGAUGCGUCACCGCCAAGGGCACCAGCUGACUCAUCUGAGAAGUUCCAGAGCUUUAUCAACUGUUGCUUGCAGAUAGAACAAUUUGAACGGUGGACCGCACAGCAAUUGCUGAAUCAUCCAUUCAUUACCGGGCAGGACGAAGGAAUGCCUAGUCUUUGA